GAUAAAACACUAUCGGAGCGCAGUGCGCAGGAAAGCCUGGGUGUUUUCCAGCAGCCAUGUGACAGGCAUUUCUCUCACCACAUGGCACAGCAGCCUUUUCCGAGCAAAACCCGCUGGUGGGUUUCCCUCUGCUUUCCUAGGAGGAGCCACCGCCAAAAGGAACUUUGACACUUCAGCUCCUAGCAAUGAGCUGCUUCGCGGGAUAUGGGAAGGACAUGCCCAAGAGGAAGAGAGGUGCUUUUCAGUCAUGGAGCUGCUCUGCUAAGCAUGAGAAGGAUCAUGCUUUCCAUCCUCUGCUUACUGAUGCACCUGCUUCAGGAUGAGACCACUUCCCUUUUAGUUUUGGGAAACCAAGACCUGCAAGAUUCGAUUAAGCCCCAGAAGGUAGAGUUCCAUUCGUUAAAUUUCAACACCACUUUGCAUUGGCAGCCUGGGUGGGCCAGAGAGGCCAGAGAAGUUCUCUACUUUGUGCAGUAUAAAGUGUAUGGGCAGAGCACAUGGCAAAAAAAAGAUGAGUGCUGGGGGAUUUCAAGCCAUGUCUGUGACCUAACACAAGAGACUUCUGACAUCCAGGAGCCUUACUACAGCAGAGUGAGAGCAGCCCUGGCUGGUGUUUAUUCCAGCUGGAGCCUCAGCUGCAGAUUCACUCCUUGGAGAGAAACUAAGAUAGGACCUCCAAUGGUAACUGUGAUUCAUAGCAACAAAUCCAUAACAGUGAAGCUCCAGGCUCCACGUUCUCCUUACAGAAGGAAGAGAGGCAGCAAAAUACCAAUGACAAAUUAUUAUGAUCUGCUGUAUCAAGUCUUCAUAAUUAACAACUUGCUAGAUGAGCAACACAGGGUCCUGGUUUACGAAGGGAAAGACAAGGUUAUUAAAAUAGAAGAUUUGAGGCCUGGAGUCAGCUACUGCAUCAUGGCAAAAAUGUACAUGCCAGUGCUGGACCAGAGCAGUGCCUACAGCAGCAGGCAAUGUACCGUGCUGCAGUGACAGGGCUGGCACCUCUGAGACAGGGAUAAUGGCAGAAGAUGCCUUCCAUCACAGGUCCAGCUGAAAAUCAACAUCUGCUGUCUAUGUCUGGAAUACAUACUUGGAUACUUUUUAAAUUAACCUUUGCUGCAUUAAAUUAUUUGAUUAUUUGAUCACAGUCCUUUAAUGCUACAUGAAGGUCAAGGAGUCUUUGUAUGUCCCAUAUUACAAUUUAUGAUGGUAUAUAUAUGCAUUUUCAAAGGGAACAGACUUGUAAUAUAAAAAUAAAAUCAUUUUAAAAGUCUUUGUGGA